AAGAAGAGCCGGAACGAGACAUAUGGCGAGGGCAGCGGCGUGGAGAUCUUGGAGAACCGGCCAUACACAGACGGCCCCGGCGGCUCUGGGCAGUACACACACAAGGUGUACCAUGUGGGCAUGCACAUCCCCAGCUGGUUCCGCUCCAUCCUGCCCAAGGCGGCCCUGAGGGUGGUUGAGGAGUCUUGGAACGCCUACCCCUACACCCGAACCAGGUUCACUUGCCCCUUUGUGGAGAAAUUCUCCAUUGACAUCGAAACCUUUUAUAAAACGGAUGCUGGAGAAAACCCGAAUGUUUUCAGCUUGUCUCCUGUGGAGAAGAACCAGCUGACAAUCGACUUCAUCGACAUUGUCAAGGACCCCGUGCCCCCCAACGAGUAUAAGACGGAAGAGGACCCCAAGCUGUUCCGCUCGAUCAAGACACAGAGGGGGCCCCUGUCUGACAACUGGAUCGAGGAGUACAAACAGCAGGUUUUCCCCAUCAUGUGUGCCUACAAGCUCUGCAAGGUGGAGUUUCGCUACUGGGGCAUGCAGUCCAAGAUCGAGAGGUUCAUCCAUGACACCGGCCUGCGGAAGGUGAUGGUGAGGGCCCACCGGCAGGCCUGGUGCUGGCAGGAUGAGUGGUAUGGGCUGAACAUGGAGAACAUCCGGGAGCUGGAGAAGGAGGCGCAGCUCAUGCUGUCCCGCAAGAUGGCCCAGUUCAACGAAGAUGACGAGGAGGCUGCAGAGCUGGCCAAGGACGAAGCCAGCCAGGCCCAGGUCCCUGGGGAGACCCCCCAGCCCAGCAGCAGCAGCGGGGAACCCUUGGCAGGCCGGGGACUCAAGAAACAGUGGUCCACGUCCUCCAAGUCCUCACGGUCCUCCAAGCGGGGAGCCAGCCCUUCCCGCCACAGCAUCUCCGAGUGGAGGAUGCAGAGUAUCGCCCGGGACUCAGACGAGAGCUCAGACGACGAGUAUUUCGACGCUCAUGAGGACCUGUCCGACUCAGAGGAAAUAUUCCCCAAGGACAUCACCAAGUGGAACUCCAAUGACCUCAUGGACAAAAUUGAAAGCCCUGAGCCGGAGGAUACACAGGACGGUCUCUAUCGCCAGAGCGCCCCUGAAUUCAGAGUGGCCUCCAGUGUGGAGCAGCUGAACAUCAUCGAGGACGAGGUCAGCCCACCCCUGGCCGCGCCGGCCUCCAAGAUCCACGUGCUGCUGCUGGUGCUGCACGGAGGCACCAUCCUGGACACGGGCGCUGGGGACCCCAGCUCCAAGCAGGGUGACACCAACACCAUCGCCACCGUGUUCGACACCGUCAUGCGCGUGCACUACCCCAGCGCCCUGGGCCGCCUUGCCAUCCGCCUGGUGCCCUGCCCGCCCAUCUGCUCUGAUGCCUUUGCCCUAGUCUCCAACCUUAGCCCCUACAGCCACGAUGAAGGCUGUCUGUCCAGCAGCCAGGACCACAUCCCCCUGGCUGCCCUGCCCCUGCUGGCCACGUCCUCACCCCAGUACCAGGAGGCGAUCGCCACGGUGAUUCAGCGGACCAACCUUGCCUAUGGGGACUUCAUCAAGUCCCAGGAGGGCAUGACCUUCAACGGGCAGGUCUGCCUGAUCGGGGACUGCGUCGGGGGCAUCCUGGCGUUCGAUGCCUUAUGCCAGAGCAACCAGCCAGUGUCUGAGAGCCAAAGCAGCAGCCGCCGGGGCAGCGUGGCCAGCGUGCAGGUACCGGCUUCCCGCGGCCCCCAGAGCAGGGGACCUCGGGGGGCCCAGGUUGCAGCACAGGGGCCCAGAGCCGCCGGGGUGGGCGCACAGGGCGGGUGA